UCUAUAGGGCUUUGCCAAUGUGUACUUGUGGAACAUACUAGUCAGUAACGAAAAUGGCUGUUUCACUGUUAAUACUGUCCAUACUUGUAACAUCAGUUCUCAGUCAAAGCUGUAACAUUAGAGAAACAGACGAGGGAAGUGUGUGCGUCUGCAAUGCAAAAUACUGUGACACCGUUCCAGAUUUGGAUGUAUCUACUGGAAAAUAUCAAGUGUAUUCUACCAGCAAGGCCAAAUUAGGAUUCUACAGCACCACCGGAUCUUUCGUCGAAAAUACUGAUGGAGAAGAAAGCUCCAUCAUUAUUGAUCAAGACACAAAACAUCAAAGUAUCAUCGGAUUUGGUGGGGCUUUCACAGACUCUACAGGUAUCAACAUAAAGCUACUACCAGAAGGGGCUCAGAAAAAUUUAAUCGAAAGCUAUUUUGGUAGUAGCGGUAUCGCGUAUAGUUUGUGUAGAGUUCCCAUUGGUGGAACAGAUUUUUCAACAAGAGGAUAUUCUUAUGAUGAUGUAGAGGGGGACGACACGUUGGAACAUUUUGCACUUCAAGAUGAUGAUUUCGAUUUUAAGAUUCCCUUUAUCUUACAAGCAAAGGCAUUGAGAAACGACAAUAUUAAACUAUUCGCCUCUGCCUGGUCAGCGCCAACUUGGAUGAAAACGAACAACGAUUGGUCUGGCAUAGGCAGUCUUAAAGAAGAAUACUAUCAACUGUGGGCCGAUUACAUUUUGAGGUUUUACGAAGAAUAUGAAAAGCAGAACAUCUCCUUCUGGGGUGUGACUACGCAGAAUGAGCCUAGUGAUGGAUUAACAGUUUCUACGAAAAUUAAUUCUAUGGGCUGGUCGUCCUCUCAAAUGAAUAAAUGGGUAGGCGAAAAUUUGGGACCAACUAUAAGAAAUUCAACAUUCAGCGAUUUAAAAAUUAUGUUACAUGACGAUAGCAGGAACACGUUUAGCAACCUAUCAUUGCUGCUACAAAAUGAAAAAACAAUGAGUUAUGCUGACGGAGUUGCAGUUCAUUGGUAUGCAAAUACUGAGAUACCAGCUUCUAGUUUGGAGAUUUUGAACAUAGUACGUACCUUAUUUGAUAAGGAGGAUUGGUUCUUUAUAUCAUCAGAAGCAUGUAAUGGAUAUUUAUAUGUUUUUGGCAUGGACAAAUCAGUAAGGAAAGGUAGCUGGUCCAGAGGGGAAAACUAUAUUAACGAUAUAUUGGACAAUCUAGAGCAUGGCGCAGUUGGUUGGGUGGACUGGAACAUGGUUCUAAAUGAGAUAGGUGGCCCCACCUAUAUCGACAACUAUCUCGAUUCUCCAGUUUUGAUUAACGCAACCAUGCAGGAGUUUUACAAACAGCCAAUGUUCUACUCUCUGGGACAUUUCUCAAAGUUUGCAGUUCCCGACUCCAUUAGAUUGGAAACCACAGUGGAGGAGUUGGAUAAUGUGAGAGCAAUGGCAUUCUUGAGGCCAGACAAUUUAAUAGCAUUAAUUAUAUCUAACAGUGGCAGCGAGAAGACUAGUGUCCGCAUACAGAAUAGCCAGGGACAGACCGCUGCCAUACAAAUAGAAGCAAACUCUAUCAAUACAGUGUUGUACAGUUAGAUGUUUGUAAUUGAAACAUAAUAAUGUGGUGAAAAAUAAUAAUGCAAUUAAAGUAAAUAUUUAGAAAAGUAAA